AUGACGCCGGUCAAAGCCCUGCCUCUCUCUUCCGUCCUUGGCUCGGUUCUGACCACCAGCGCACACCCCCGUCUUGAAAAUGAGGACUUCACGGACACCAGCACAACCCAUCAGUCAUCGACGCCCAAGCCAACACCAACGCCAGCGCCAGAGCCAACGCCAGAGCCAGCGCCAGAGCCAGCGCCAGAGCCAACGCCAGAGCCAGCACCGGCUGACGGCGUGAGCGUUGGAGGGAUGACGGGGGGGGGCAGCGGAAGAAUGCAAAAGAAAGGAGGGACGAAACGAGCCCAAGCAGAGGCCGGACAAAGUGACCGAUGUGAGCACGAUCUGGUCAGUCCUGUUCACGUUCGGCUGUCGUCCUACGGCGCCGCCUCUGUGAAACGGAGUCGACUCCGGAAAGCGGCCCCCCCUCCAGCCAACGGCAUCAACGGCGACGGACGAGCGAGCAAGCGAGCGAGCGACUGUCCGAGUGGGCGGGAGAAUGAUACGGGUGAGGGGACGGGAGGUGAUGUCCCAGGCAAGUAUCUGGCACUGCCCCCUUGGGAGAGAAGGCGUCUCGAGCAACCUCAAGAGGUGUGCCCUCAAAAUCAGCCGCUGAGCGCAAACUCACCCCCAGCGUUGCUCUCCUCGUCCUCAUCAUCAGUCUCUGCCCCAGCCUCCCGUCGCGACUGGUGA